UUCCGAUACAUAAAUAAAAACUAGGGCAUGCCGCCUCAUAAUAAUAAGCCUUCGAGGAGAAGAGAGGGAGCCGUCUUCAGACAUCUCGUGCCACAACAAUGGGGGCUUACAAGUAUGUUUCGGAGCUAUGGAGGAAGAAGCAAUCGGAUGUUAUGAGGUUCUUGCAGAGGGUGAGGUGCUGGGAAUACCGUCAACAUCCUUCGAUUGUGCGUGUCACUCAUCCUACUCGUCCUGACAAGGCUCGCCGUUUGGGAUACAAGGCAAAACAGGGGUAUGUUGUCUAUCGAAUCCGUGUGAGGCGUGGUGGUAGGAAGAGGCCUGUUCCGAAGGGUAUUGUUUAUGGCAAGCCAACAAACCAGGGUGUUACCCAGCUCAAGUUCCAGCGUAGCAAGAGGUCAGUUGCUGAAGAGCGUGCGGGGCGGAAAUUAGGUGGGCUCAAAGUUCUCAACUCAUACUGGAUUAAUGAGGAUUCCACGUACAAAUAUUUUGAGGUUAUCCUGGUCGAUGCUGCUCACAAUGCCAUUCGCAAUGAUCCAAGGAUCAAUUGGAUCUGCAAUCCUGUCCAUAAACACAGAGAGCUACGUGGUCUAACAUCUGCUGGAAAGAAGUACAGGGGUCUCCGAGGAAGGGGACACUUGCAUCACAAGGCACGGCCUUCCAGGAGGGCAACAUGGAAAAGGAACCAAACUCUUUCCCUCCGUCGGUAUCGGUGAUUGCAGUAUUUGGGGCUUUUGUUUAUCCGCGGACUUGGUCCUUUUUUUCCAAAAUUUGCGAUUAAGAGAUUAUGAUAGUUUAUUACUGUUUGUUUAGUGCGCAAGGAUUUGCUGAGCCUUAUUUUGGUACACAAGUUUAUUCACUUGCAAGACUGGAUAUCUUUGACUUUGUUACAGUUGCUUUUUGUUGGAUGAUUGGAUCAACCUUCUUGACUUGUCCUGUUUA